AAGGGGGAGAGAAGGGUGGGGGUGGGGUGUAUUAAAUUCAGACAGAGAAAAGGAAGAAGAAGAUAUAAACGAGGGUGCGUUGUAGCGUGACUGUCAAAUCUACAUAUUCUCUCUCUCUUUUGGGAGAUUCGAUUCAAUCGCCGAUCAUUUCGGCUUUUCCAAUCUAUGUCUACUGCCUCUCAUCUCCAACUAUAAUGUUUUCUCUUUUUCAAGGCCCUGUUUUGAAUUGAAAAAGAGAAUUGUUUGAGGAACCAAAUUAUGGAAGGAGAUACAUUUUCAGUGUUAGGUAAUAAUGGUACACAAAUAGAUGGUAAGGUGUUUCAAACAUUUCAAAAGAGCUUUGUACAAGUGCAGAACAUAUUGGAUCAGAAUAGGCUGCUAAUCAAUGAGAUAAACCAGAAUCAUGAGUCAAAGAUCCCUGAUAAUUUGAGCAGAAAUGUUGGUUUAAUCAGAGAGUUAAACAAUAACAUCAGAAGGGUUGUUGACCUUUAUGCAGAUCUUUCAUGUUCUUUUACCAAAUCAGUAGAUGCUUCAUCUGAAGGGGAUUCUAGUGGAAAAGCUACACAUAAGAGGAGCAAACCUCUUUAGAAGGAGCAAAAAUCCCCAAAUUCGAAGAAGAUAAAUUAAUGGUUAGAUAUUAGUAUAACUUUUUUUUUUUUUUUUUGUUUCUUCUAGUAGUUGUACUUUUUUUUAGUAUCUUACUCAGAAAUAAUGACCCCCUUAAGAAAGAAAUCUAUUUCCUUUGUUAAUGUGCCCUGCAGAUCUAAUUGAAUCAAAAAUAUCAUCUUG